GAGGCGGAGCCGGACCCCACCGCCGUGCCCACAGCGGAACCGGCCCGGCCCCACAGCCACCCCCCGCAGCCCGCCCCGAGGAGAGCGAGGACCCAUAGCCGAUCCCCAUCUCGUCCCGGAGCGGACUCGGCCCAGCCUCAAAGCCGGCCCCAGAGCGGACUCGUCCCGGCCCCGGCAUGGAGUUCGAGGAGGACGUGGAUGAGUUUGAUCCAGAGAGGUUAAUCCAGUGCCCGUUGGUGAAACACCAUUGGAUCAGAGCACGGCGGUUUCCCUAUCACCUGGUGAAGUGUAAGGAGAGCAACCCUGAAAUUGCAAAGAAAUUGGCCACAUGCCCCUUCAACGCUCGUCACCUGGUUCCAAAGGCCGACCUCGGCGACCACAUCAUGAAGUGCAGUGACAAAGCCUUCAUGGAGCAAGAUGUGGUGAGCCAGUCCUGUGAGCCCCCACAGGAGCACCUGAGUAAUGGGAGCACGUGGCAGGCACCUCCAUGUCAUGAAGACUGGGAAACAGAGUUGCUGGAGGGAUCUGAUUCUCCUUUCGUGUGGGGUGUGAUCAACUCUGCCCUAAACAGCACCAUCAGUGACCAGAACAACUCCUUGCCCCCACGGAUGCGGUCCCCUGAGACCCUCCCGUACACCAUGCCUGCAGGACUAAUUCGGACAAUUAGUCCCUCCCCCUGGAACUUGGUUUUGCUCCAGAAGUAAGUGUGUCCCUGACUUGGACAGGAGAGCUCCUGCAGAUGACAGACAUGCUCUGCACCUGAUGGCAGGACUCUACACUUGGCUUUUGUUGCAUUAUGUGUUUCUUGCAAUGUUUGAACAUGUGAAACUGUCCUUGCUUGCCAAAAGUUUCCCCCAACCACUUGUUUUAAAAGUUACUCUCACCUUUACUUGGUGAAUUUUGUUACUGUUCCUGAUAAAAUUACACAGACUCAGAAACCUUCCCUGCCCAGCCCUGGGUCAUGGUAACUCCCUGUGAACAGGAGGAACAUCGUAAUUGGCAAGUCUCUGUUUUUUGUAACAGGGAAUGAUCUGUGAGAUCUCUGAGACUGUUCUGUGUGCUCCAGAGAUGGGGAAACAGUAGAAGACCCUUCAGAAGGAUUUUAAGGAGUGGGGACUGAGUAAGUUAUUUUAAGCAGGGGAGAUAGGAUCUGAUUAUGUUCCUAAUUAGAGAAGUGAUAGUGGGAAACAACAGUUUGAGGAGCUGAAAAUACCCCCCCAGAAUCUUGUUCCUUCACUUGACACUUUAAAACCUUUGUGCCCGUGGAGGAGCCGCUUGGGUGCUCGUGGUCAGUGCUAACUGCAAACAGAGGGAUGCAGGAAUGGGAGGGGCAAUGUCCUGCAGGAAUGGCAGAUUUGGGAGAAUUCAGGCCUGGCACAGCAGAAACUGCUACAGUCCAAUUUCAGUGGAAGUCAGGAACCACCCAACAGUAACUUCCAGGAAUUUCUACCCUAUGCCUUAAGCAUCUUGCUGUUCUCAGGAAGCCUAGAGGGACUAUGUGGAGCUUCUGCUGGACAUUUGGGAGAAGUUUUGGCUGUUUGCUGGGGAGCUGCAGCAAUGCAGCUGAGGCUCUAGGAGUCGUGUUUGAGGGCCUGUUACAGCGUGGAGAGCACAAAGUGCUGAGAGUUUCUCCAGUCUGUGAAGAGGCUGAGACUAAAAUAAUCUGGAGCAGCCAAACUUGGAAGUAUUUUUUCUGUGCCAUGCGCUUUUUGUUUUUAUCUUGUUGGAGUCUGAGUUUGUCCACUCGGAGUAUAGCAAGUGUUCAGGUUGGGUUUUAAACUGUGUUGUCCUUUGCAGAGACUGCUUUGAGAGCAUCCUGACCUUCACUUUUGCACCCUCACACCUUCAGCCUUGCCUUUGUCACCUUAGGCCUUGCCUUGGUCUCCUGUGUGUGAGGGGCUUCCCCAGGCAGACCUUAACAGAGAAUCCUCUGCAAGUUCCUUGCAUCACACACAACUCCAAACAGGGGAAGUUUCAGGAGGACACUGAUACGCUUUUCCAGUUUUCAUUAGUUUUGCAAUUUUCUAAUGCUUAAAACAUGUUUGAGAGCUCUUAGGUACCUGUUCUGUAUUGGGGGAGGGAAGGAAGGGAGCAGGAAUGGUUUAAAUCACUAAAAAUACAUGUUUAGGACUGAAAAUGUUCAGAUCAAGCAGUAUAUUUCUAAACAUGCAAAUUACAAAAUGGGAUCUCAAUAUACAACUGUAAAGAAUUAAGAAGCCAGACGUGGUGUUUGUCUAGAAAAAGUAAUUCCUUAAUAUUUUCCUCUGCAGACUGAAUUUCCACCAUCUGUAUACUACCACUAGAAAACAAUGCAUGUUGACUGGAAUAUGCAAAAUCAGAAUUCGUUUAAAAUUCUGUCAAUUUAUGUUGAGGUUCUCAUUGGGGAAUUUAGAAUAAAAAUGUUUUAAAUGCCCUACA